AAAACAACUGUACUUAAAUAAUUGUAGUUGGCAGUGAUAUUAUUGUCAAUAAAUUCUGUUCGAUUAUCGACAUUUUCCUGUUAUUAAUCUUUUCAGAAGAUUUUUGAGAUAAACUAUACACGGGAUUGAAAUUUCGUGACAAACAGGCCUAGUAUUACAAGAAACUUUGAGUAUUGUGGUUACUACACAAUACCUGUUUGCAACAAUGGGUACAAAUAUAAAGGAAGACUUUUUACAAUCGAAAGAGUACGUCGUAAAAACUGAAGAAUUCGAAGAUCUAUCCGAAGCAAUGUCAGAUGGAAACUGCAAAAAGCAGAUAGAAGAUUCGUUACUUGCUGAUCCAGAUAAUUGUGGCAUGUGUGGUGGCCUUUUGGUAGUCCCUCGAAUGCUGCAUUGUUUACAUGUGUUUUGUGAGGAGUGUCUUGACAAAAAGCUUGUAACCGACGGAGGAGACGCCAGCUCCAUAAAUGCUUCCAUAAUUUGCCCAACUUGCUGUCAUAGCACAUUGGUUGGUACCAAAUUGCUUGCUGCACUUCCUCUGGAUGUAACAAAAACAAACAUUUCUGACGUUUCCAAUUCAGUAACCUUGCAUUGCACCUCCUGUACAGCAAAAGAAGUUGCUAAAUCUAGAUGCAGCACUUGCCACAAUUUGCUUUGCAAUAAUUGCGACACGGCUCACCAUUUUAUGCGCUGUUUCGAGUCACACAAAGUUGUUGCACUUGAUGAUAUGCGCAAAGACGGUGCCAAAAUCACCGUACAUAAACCACUAGAGUGCGAUUUUCAUCGCGGAGAAAACAUCAUCUACAAUUGCACAACCUGUAAUAUGACUGCUUGCGGAGAGUGUGUCAAGACAGAACACAAAGGCCAUAAAUGUGAAGGAAUCCUUGAUUCUGAGACUAGAGUGCGCCAAGAAAUUGAAUCUUUGCUCUCAAAGAGUAAAAUUAAAAUUGAACAGCUUGCAAAGGCCUCCUCAAACUUGGAUAGCAAUUUGGAGGAACUUGCCCAUCAACGCUCUUCAGCUAGAGAUCUUAUCAAUGAAUCAUAUCAGAGUUACAAGGCUGUUCUUGAAAAAUGUAGAGAUGAAAUUUUAGAAGAACUCAAUAAACUGUACCAUGAACGUGAAUUGAAAAUCAUGAAAGAAACUGACGAGUUGGGUAAAACCAUAAAUAAUAUGGAAGAUGCUUGCAAAUAUACAUCUCGCUUAUUGGAAAAUGGUACUAUACCAGAAAUGAUGUAUCUCAGAAAAGUAGUUGCUUCUAGAUUGAUCGCUUUGAAUAGCAAAUCCCCAAAGUUUGAGAAAAACUAUUUGGUCGAAUUCAAAUCUGAUUUGGAAAAGUUUGGUUUUGUAAUUAAAAACAAUUUUGGUAGAUUUGUUACUGAAAGUGACAUUGUUGUGAAAAACACACCUACAAUUUUACCUGAUCUGCCUCCUCUUAAUAUCAAUGGCGUUACAAAUCCUGUACCAGCUUUAAUCACCAAUGGCUGUAACGGACCGCCAGUAGCAAAUUCCAGUCCGAUAUCUUUACCAACAUCAUUGCAAUCUUCAAUUGAUAGUGAUAUUGGUAACAGUCUACAAACUUUAAUGGCUCAGAGUCCUCCUAUACCUCAUGUCAAUUCUAACGCCCUCCAAGGGUUUUCAAGCAUUGCUGAAUAUAAUUUACAACAACUCGCUACUUUGGCUGAAACUAACAACAGCGCCGCCACUUCUCCUACAGCAACCUUCAAUAUAGCCGAUCUUUUGACCAAUGAUACAGCUUACAAAAAUCUCGCUUCCCUUGCUAAACUGGGAUUAAAUGCAGCAGAUACAGUACCAAAUGGUAACAACAUAUUGGCCAGGUCAACGUCAUCUGCAUCAAUAAAUUUAACCAACAAUCUUAUCAACGGUUUUGGAGGAGUAUCUACCUCAACUUCUCCUUUAUUAUCAACACCUGAUGAUAUUAUAGCUGAUCCUCUUACCAAUAUUAUACCUCCAACAGGAACCACCAACCCUCCCUCCAUUCCCAGAUCAAAUAAGGUCAGUCCUAUGCAGAUACGCUGCAAAUUCGGUCAAUUGGGACCCAGCAAAGGUCAAUUUAAUUCCCCACAUGGAUUUUGCUUGGGAUUGGAAGAAGAUAUCAUCGUCGCUGACACUAAUAAUCAUAGAAUCCAAGUAUUUGAAAAGACCGGCACCUUUAAGUUUCAAUUUGGAAUUCCAGGCAAAGAUGAAGGACAGUUGUGGUAUCCAAGGAAAGUGGCAAUAAUGCGCAAUACUGGAAAAUAUGUUGUAUGCGAUCGUGGCAAUGAACGAUCUCGUAUGCAAAUUUUUACUAAAAAUGGGCAUUUCUUGAAAAAAAUUGCUAUUCGCUACAUUGAUAUUGUUGCCGGCUUAGCCGUAACUGCACACAGUGAAAUUGUUGCUGUCGAUAGCGUCAGUCCAACUAUAUUUAUCAUUGGAGAAAGUGGAGACUUGCAUCGCUGGUUUGAUUGCAGUGAUUAUAUGAGAGAACCUUCUGAUAUUGCUAUUCAUGGAAAAGAAUUUUACGUAUGUGAUUUCAAAGGGCAUAACGUUGUUGUAUUCAGAGAUGAUGGACAAUUUCUGCGUAGAAUUGGGUGUGAAAACCUUACUAACUUCCCAAAUGGAAUUGAUAUAUCUGAUGCUGGAGAUAUAUUGAUUGGAGACUCGCAUGGUAACAGAUUUCAUGUUGCUGUAUUUUCACGUGAUGGGUCACUCAUUUCGGAAUUUGAGUGCCCUUAUGUCAAAGUAUCGAGAUGUUGUGGUUUGAAGAUUACUUCUGAAGGAUAUGUAGUCACCCUCGCCAAAAACAAUCAUCACGUGCUGGUCCUGAAUACGCUGUACAUCCUGUAAAUCCAAGAGCAAGUAGAUUUGAUCUCACGCUGUAAACAGUACUGAACUGAUUUUUUUUAUAAUUAGCUUAAUUAUUUUUCAUUCAUUUUCAAAAAGGGAAAGAUUUAGAAGUUUUUAUUCGACGUUUCUGAAAUUUUUUUUUAUUGAGCGCAGUUACACUGCAUAUAUUUACACCUAGGAGUAACUUGUUUUUUACAGUUUUUUUAUGAUUUUAUUUUUAUUUUCCAUUUUCAGGAAACAAAUUUGUAUUAGUUUCGAUUUUUUCAAACUUGUCCAAAUUUGGUUCUUAAUUUAGCGGCAGACGAAACGUGGUUCCUAAUUUUUUUUAUUUUUAAGACGUCAAUUAGGUACUAUAUUUGUAUGAUUGAAUGUGCCAAGGAAGUUCUUAUUAUUUUUUUUAUUUUCAAACUCCUUAUAACCGCUGUUGUUGAUUUAUAUUAUUUUUGUUUUUUUAGUAUGGCUGAAGUGAAGUGUGUGAUUGAUUGUUAUGCAAACUUAUCGAACGGCGUUGAAAAUUUUCGCACUUUUCGAAUUACAUUCAUCUAAAUUAACUUUUUUUUCGGUAUUUCUACAGGGUAUGAUAAAUGGUAGGUUACUUAGCUUAGCUUAACUUUAUUAAUCUCAAAAAGAAAACAAUAUUCUCAAAUGAAUGUAAUUAUAUCAUCAUUCCGUCCAACAUUAAUUCACUUUGACAGUUUAAUAUUCUCUCUUUAAUGUCACGUGUCAUCUAUUGCAUGUUAGCUUUAUUUACUGUCAUUCGAAUUUACGUGUCGGAUUGAUGUAAUGAAAGAAAUUUUUCAACGCUGGCACCUAUUACUCAGGUUGGAUAGCGUAUAUUCGUUGUGCAACUACGCACGGCGACCAGUGCCAUGUAGGUUAGGACCUAAGGUUGCAGCCUAAAACAGCUUCUUGUGAUUCUGUAACAAUCUGAAGGUUGCCACAAAAAAUUAAUAUAUAAAUUCCAGUUAUGAGUGUGUGUGUUCUUCUGAUAGUGGAGUAAAAUUGGAUCGAAAAAAUAAGGUUCUCAAUGGAAAUAUUUCUGUUUAGUUAUUAUUAGUAUUACCACUUGAAUAUUGUAAUUUAACUUGCAAAUGAUAUAUUGUAGUAUUCUUCAUAAGCAGCUUUUUCUACAUGUUUUAACUGCAAUCUAUAAAGCUCAUUUGAACUACUAUCAUAUGAAGAUAUUUAUAUAUUAUUUUUACAGCAAUUUUUUUCACAUUUGCUGUCCUGCUGAGAAUUCAUAACAGUUUAUUUGAAGUAUUAAGAUACUUAUUGACCUUUCAAUGCUUUUUGAGUUCUUAAUGACAAAGUUUCUAUUAAUAUUUCGGUAUUUUUAUACGUUAUAAAUUCAUUCUACUGUUUUAGGGUUUUUUAAAUUUUUUCUACAAAUUUAAUGUUUUUAUUUGACAUGUUCAUAAUAAUUAAAAAGUUAUUUCUAUUGUAAUAAACUAAUGCAUCAGCUAUAAUUUUGGUUAUUUCAUUAUUGAUUCACUUGUAACUAGAUUGGAAUAUUUUCUGUAACCCCAGUGAAUGAAAUUUAUUGUCGUGUUAUUUUACUCCACUAUGAAUAAAAUUUUUAAAAAAUCAUCGCGUUGGGCCUUCACCCCGCGGUAAACCAUGCCUGUGAUAAUAGUAUCUUCAGGAUAAGUUGUGACCUUAGUCUCUUGUUGUUAUUUUGUGCGCUGCACGAUACUCGCCCGAUUUUUGGGCGGUAGCGCGUCGCCACAAGUGGUUUUUAAAAUUAUAUGUAUAUAAUUAUAUAAAGAAAAAAUACCAAAAAAAUUACUCCAAUUUUAAAAAACAGAUUGUUUAUGUAUUUGAAAAUAAUCGUAUCUUAUACACUAUAUAUUUAUUGGUCCCAAGAUGAGAAACUGUCUUACCCGCCUUUUCAUAAUAUAUUUAUACAAAUUUAGAGCUUGUAUUUGUACCGUUUUAGGUACGAGUUCAGAUAGCGUUAAACAACUUUUGGAAGUGUCAAAGAGACUUGAAUUUGUUUUUGAUAAAUUAUAUCUACAUGUCAAAAUUUUACCAACAGGUGAAAAUUACACACCUCAUUAUUUACAUGUGGAAUAUAAUAAUAAAAUAAUAAUUUCAUGGCUACUAAAAAGCUUCACAGAAUGUUCGUAUUAAUUUUGAAGGUGUCUAGAGCUCAUGUGGCUCAAGCAUUUAUGACUAAUGAGUUUUCAAUUUUUAUAGAAAAUAUAUAAUUUAGUAAGUUCUUACCAUGGUAAUCCAGCUUACCAUACAUUACCUGAUUUUAAGAUGAUUUUUAUAGGAUGUAGAUAGUCUACAUUUUCUAGAAUAAAAAUUUUGCAAUUAGGCAUUUUCGAAGAAAAUUUAUAGUAAUUUUCUAGGCUUUCAAUUAUAACAUCCAAUGGAGUAGUAUUUCGUGCUGACUGUAUUUAUAUAGUCUAUAUAUUGAAGAAUAAUAUGAAUUAGGUGGUUGUGAGAAAAAUAAAAUAUUGACAGAGUCAACAGAUCUAUGACUUUAGACAAUUCCAAUUGAUUUUAAUUUUGCCAUUUGUCAAUUUACUAUAUUUAAAUAGUAUUAAAGACGAAUGGGAUUAUUUUGGCUAUUUAAAAUAUAGGAUACAUCAUCCUAUAUAUUUUUCUCUGGCGUUGAAACGUUAUGAGUUAAUGAAAAGUACCUAAAACUUAGGUAUUGUUUUGUAUGUCGACCCUAAAAUUCUGUAUUUUUGAGUUAGGUUACUCAAAAAUAUGGUUAGCAUUCAUAAAUGAAUUAUUAUUGUUUUCUAGUUGUAACUGAAGUUCUGUUCAGGCUUUGUUACUGUUUUCUAUUCACAAAGAUUUGGCAGUAAUUUCAACUAAAAUAGUAAGUUCCUGUAGCUUUCUACACAAUAUCUCAUCCUUUAUAUUUAGUCCUUUCUCUUCCAAAAUUGUUGCACUUUUUGUUAUAUUUUAUAUUAAACAAUAUAUUUGUUUUAAUGAGCCACAAGGCACGAAGCUUGUUUUUGAGCUUUGGCUAUUGGCCCAAUUUGUUACAUUUAUUUUAUUAUAGAGUUAUAUUUUUAUUUAAUAAGUAUAUAUAUAUAGAUUAAUAAAAAAUUUAUAUAUAUAUAUAUAUAUAUAUAAAUUUUUUAUUAAUCUUUUCUUUCCUUUAGAACAUUUUUUUAUGUUUGGAGGUAAGCAGUUUCUUCUUAAGGAUACUAUAUUCUUCAAAAUUGUAUGUGAUUUGAAUAAUCUCACAAUUUAACAAAUAUUCGACAUAGUUCUAUAUUUACUAUGUAUUUUUUAUUUAUUUAUUUACCAAAUAUUUAGUUCGUAGUUAAGAUAAAUUUCACAUCAACUUCAUUGGGUAGUUUUGGCUAUGCUAAAGUGAUACUUCGUAUGUUGCAUUUGCUCAUGUUUAUUAAAGAUUUUGGGGUUCGUUUCUUUUUCGACUUACUAAAAUUACCACUAAACAUUCAUUUCGGACAAUUUUUCAUAGUCGUAGUGCAACUAUAAUUUGUGACGAAGAGUAUUUACCUUAAAUUCUGAGUUCAGGGACCUAUCGAAGAAGAAAUGAGCAAAUAAAUAAAUAAAAAUCGUUAAUUUUCAAUUUAAAAAAUUAAUAUAUAUUAUCAAUGUGAUAGAUUUUUCGAUGAUUUUUACAAUCACAGUCUUAGUAUAUUUACCAAGUGUUUUUUAGAUACUCGUAUACCAGUAAUUUUGCCAUAAUAUUUAUACAUGACUAAAAACUGACUUUUCUCAGUUUUAUGUUAAGUAUCAUAAUACUAUGUGAAUCAGGUUUGGUUUUCCCUUUUUUUGGACAUUUAAACAGUGAAAUGAAACACAAUCUAAUGACAAAUUAUUUAGUAAAUUCAUGAUAUUGACAUGAAAUGGAUUGUCAUUCAAUCUCCAAUUUUCCUUAUUCGAGAAAACUAUGCAUUCUGUGACCAAGUCCUAUUUUUAACUAUGCAGCCAUCAUGUUUAUCCUUUCUUUGGUUGAGUAUUUCGAAACGUCGUUUUUACCUUUUUCAAAUACUAAUUUUCUAUCAGAAGAGACCUAAAAUCAAGACUAUUUUUCUAUAAAAACAUAAGUUCUAAGAAGUAAAAAGUUGUGGAAAAUUUCUAUAUAUCAAUAUUGACAAUCUAAAUAUGAGAGUAUUAUUAUCUUGUUCUGCGUCAAAAUUGAGAUUAACCUCUUAUUUCGUUGGUAUUUUCCGCACAAAAAAACGAUAAUGUUAAUUAAUAUUCAAUCAUUGAAUUGUCAUAAAAAUGUUUUAAUCUUAGAUAUCUUGAUAUGAAUUCCAAUGCCUAUGCUGGAAUUUGUGAAUAAUUUGGUCAGGGCCGGUAUUCUUAAAUCACUCCUCUCACAAGCGAGCGAUCCCUAAAGGGAGUGAUUUGAUUGGUAGCAAUAUGGAAUUUUUAGAUUCUCAUGUGCCCUUCCGCUCGCAAAUUUAUAACACGAGCGACUAGUUACGGCAACAUCGGUAUAUUAGCGUAUUUUGUCAAAAUCAUUUCUAGUACUGUAUUUGUGCAGCCAAUUAAACGUAAAGAAUUCUAUUCUAACCUAAAACCAUUUUUUAAUAGUAGCAGUGUAUAAGCUGUGAAAUAGAGCAACAUCAGUACAUUAUAUUUUAAAAAGAACCUCAAACAUUUCAAAUUUAUAUUCAACUGAGAAUAUAUCACAAGUCAUUUUUUCCUAACUUUUUUCUAAUAUCAUUUAACUCGGGAAUUGUUUGGGGGAAUUUUAUGGAUGCAUCCAUUAUUACCUGUCUAUUGAAUACCUCAGUAAUUUUGUGAAUGCGUCGACUCACUGAUGAUUGUGAGAUACCUACGUCUUGCUGGUAACUACCAGUACCAAAUUAAUUUUAACAUUUAGUAAGCAUUAAUAACAUUAAUAAAUAGUUUAUAUAAAUCAAAGCCAAAUAAAAAAUAAAACAAUUCUUACUAAUUUUUAAAUUUAUUGUCUAUAAUGUAUAAUUUUAAGCUGUAUACUAUACUAUUUAUAAGAUUAUCUUUUAUUAUGACUCCGAUUAAAAAAGGAGUAGUUGUAAAAGAGAAGUCUAGAAAUACAGAGAAGUAGGUAAAGGUGAAGUUAACAUAUUCGUUCAAUUUUAUUCAUAACUAAAUUAAUCAAUCAGAAUAUCAAUCAAGGCAUGAAACAUAAAUACAGUCUCCACUAACCAAAUCAACUCAACUAGACUACAAUUAUAAAUGAUGUAUAUACAAUUAUAAUUUUCAAUAAAAAUGAUAGGUUAGAAUUGUCUGUUACAUGCAAAUGCGAGUGAAAUAAAGCACUACCCUUUGGCGUGAGCGUUUAUAUUGCGAGGAGAGGGCAUGAAAAUCGAGACAACAAUGAAUUUUGAUCCCCUCGCAUUCAACGAUAUCGCUCCAAGCGAGGACCUGAGAAUACCGGUCUUGAUGUAAAUUUCCACACAUAGCUACUGACAUAGUUUUGUGUAUUUUGUGCAAAACUGACGAUUAUCUCAAAUGUAUUCUAUUGCAAACACCUAAUUUGAUUCACAUUGUAUAUAAAUAUAUUAUAAUACAUUAUACUGUUUUCACCAAUAUUCAUUAGCAAUAAGUAUUUUCAGUCAGUAUUGGAGUGAGGAAUUCAGUCAUUCCAUUUAGCAGCAUUUUAUUAAAUGCUGCGAAAAAUGUUUUAUUUGUUUUUUUGUAUUAUUUUUAUCGGUUUUUUCCUUAGAAUUAGAAUAUUUAGGAUAAUUAUAUUGAAGGUGAAUAUUUUUAGGCCAAUAAGUAUUUUAAAAGUACCUGUUUAAAUUAAAUAUAUUCUAUUCUUAUGUAUCUUAUAUAUAUAUUGAAAGGAAAUAAAUUGGAUGGGUAUUUGUAACGACGUGAAAUAUAUGUUAGGAGUAGUUGAAUGUGGUAAGAAGUUACACAUAAGGUUUUCAUAUUUCUUUCAUAGUUUAUGGCAAAAUAUAGUCUUCGAAUAAAGUAUAUUAUUUCCAAACAAGGGAUUAUUUAAAUUGCUUGAAAGUUAAUGAAGUAAGGAAAGAUAUGUGCUAUGGAUAUUUUCUAAAAAAAUGCGAAAACGAGAUGAGUUGAGAAUGUAACUGGAGUCCCAUAAGUAGAAGAGAUGAAAAUAUUCAAUAAUUUAAAGUUGGCGAGGAAAUGGAAAAAGCGACUUUCUGGAUACUUCUUUUGCAUUUACGAAAACGAAAAAUCAACAGAUAUAUAAUAAUUUAAGACGAAAAUAAAGUUACCACUAAUUCCAUUUAAUAUUUUGUUGAUAUGGAAAUUUUUUAAUUUGCGAACACAAAGAAACCAAAUUAAUUCUAAAAAUAAAUGGAAUAAUAUAAAACUGGUGUGGUAUAUUAUAGAAAUGGUAGAGUGUUGUAGUUGUUUUAUCCAAUUUUUUAGCUACUUAAAGAGACCUGAUUGUAUAUAUUGUUGGUCUAAAUUAUCGUUAUCAUUAAUAAUACUCAUUCAAUUUAAGAUCAUAUCUAAAAAUAUGGGGUACUUUUAAAACGUACUUGGCAAGAUUUUACACAAAUACGCCAGAUUUUUAUGUCAAGUGUAUUUGUGCUCAGAAUAUUGGAGAUUGUUACUUAAAUAAACAUAAAAGAAAAGAAAAAAAAUAUAUAAAAAAGAAAAUAUAUUGAUGUUCUGUAGAAAGCCCUUAGGCUUUUAAUAAUCACCAGUUUCAGACCAUAAAGGUUGUGAAAUAUAUUUCCUUAUCUCCUAUCUAAGAAAAUCGUGGUACCUUUUUAAUGUUUCUUCAUUAUAGCUAAGGCAAGUUAGAUAAAAUAGGCAAUUCUGCGAACACUUUAUACUUGAAUAUGUUCAUUUGGAAUUGGCUUUUGACCAAACAAAUCUAAUAAAAAACAUCAUUUGAAAGGUAUAUAAUCAAAUUAUAUUACCUUUUAAAUAAUAGGAAUUUUCUUUCAUACACAGUUAAUAAACGAAGAUUUUCUAAAACUAUUCACGUAUGCGACAGUUCACAGAUAGGCCUAAAAAGGUAACCUUCGGGAGCGUUUUCUUAACAUUUACAACCUUUAGUGCUUCAAAACGGCACAAAAUAAUUCUAAAAAAAGUACAAUUAAGCGAACUAUUAUUUUUGCUUGCACGGAAGAAAAAUUUUUGCCUAUAGAUGUAUCUUAAUCGAUUAUCAUUUUUUUAUUCCUUUAUACAAUUUGAUUGGAAAAUGAUAUAAAUAAUUAUCUAUGAUAGAAAGCUCAAAUUGAAUCUUCAUAUUUGGAUCAGUCUAUGUUCAGAUUUCAAAAGUUUAACAAUUAUAUUUUUGAUUACAAGGAAUUUUGGAUGUAAGGUGGAAAUUUUGGCUAGUAUUGAUCGGGAUUAGAAAAUUACAUGGAGAUGUUAUGUGAGUGACAACUUGGCAGACAUUUUAAUGUUUGAUCCCAAGCUUCUCAAAUUAUAUAAUAUGGAUAUUUUUAAGAAGAAUUAAGAAAAACAACUGAAUGGAGGCCCGUAAGUAGAAGAGUUGAAAACAGACCCAGGAAAAUAUUUGAUAAUUUAAAAUUGGUGAGGCGAUGGAAAUAGCGCCUCUCUUGAUACCUCUUUUGUAUUUACUAAAACCCUACAAAGUAUCUUUCGAUAUAUCAUAAUUUAACACAAAAUAUAUUUGGAAAUUUCUUGGAUAUAUGAACACAAAAAAAACAAAGUUAUUUUAAUAAAUAGAUUGAUCAAAAACAAAAAGCUUAUGGUGUAUAAUAGAAAAAGUAAAGUGGUAAAGUUUUCCAAUUUUUAGUUUACAAGGAGUAGAAUUCAAAAAUUAUAUGGGGAUGUUGUGUGAGUGGCAAAUUGGCAGAUCUUUUAAUGUGUGUUUUCAAGCUUGUCAACAGCGAUGGGAUGUGGUCAUUUUUCACACUAGAAAGUUCAUAGUAACUGUAGAUGAUAUUUUGUGUAUUAUGCAGUUUACACUAAACUGCAUAAUGGUAUCAGUUACCAGUUUUCUACUGGUAUUGCUUAGUAUUAGGUAUUUUAAUGGUUUAAUAACAUUAACUAUGUCAAAAUGGUAUCUUGGUCUUGGACCAAUGUGUUUUGGAAUAUUUAUGAAGAUUUCGUCGCUUAAUAAAAAUAAAAAUUGUAUGUUCGUCAGAGGCUGAAUAUGAAUUGUUCUAAAUAUGAGAAGAUCUCUCGUGAUCCUGUUCUCUGUUGAUAAAAUUUGGUCAUUUAAAGUUAAAAAUUAUUAGUGAAAGUGAAAUUACAAUUUUUCCCAAAUAUCUUUGAAAUCAGUAUCGAUUUGCAUUAAAUAGAAAUUUAACAGUUGAAAAAAUUAUCUUUAUUAUUCUUUCGAAAAUACAUAAAUUUUUUACAUUAAAAUUAACAAUAUGCAAUUGUUCCACCUAUACUUUGCAUUUAAUUCCAUUUUCUAGACUUGGUAUAUUUUAAUUCUAAAAUGAUAAUCAAGUAAAUACAUCAAGGCAACUAUUUAGAAUCAUACAGUGGGUCAAUUCACAAAUUUGAUAUCUUCUAAGAAAAAAAGAAACAAUCAUUGUACAAAAAAGGCGUUUUAGAAUGUUCCAAAUUAUUGGUAAACGGUUUAGAAAGUAUUAGAUUUUAAAUGUAGGAUGAAUCUCCAAAUUAUAAGAACAAAAUAUGUAAAUUUUGCUUGCUUCUAGGGCAGUAUUUUUUGACAUAGUUUUAUUUAAAAAAUAUAGAUGAUUGCGAAUUGACAACACUGUAAUUUCCAAAUUAUAUUAAAAAUUUUUAUAUUUAAUAUAUUUCGCGAAUAUUUUUUUAUUAAAUCGUUUUUGAUAUAUUUUUCAAGAAUAUCAUAUUUACAAAUUAUCUUUUUUUUUUAAUUUACGCUUGUUUUUUUUUUCAGUUUAUUUUUAAUGUUUUGCACGAAUAUAAUACUUCAAUUAAUAUGGGACAUACGAGAGACAUUAACUCCAUUUAUUUAUGAAAUCUCUUUUGUAUGUCUCAUCUCAUUUCUUAAGGUGGGCUUAAGUUUUUGAUUAUAACGAGAAAUAAUAUAAAAGCCUAUGAUUUUAAAUAUUUUUAUGCAAGAUAUAUUUAAGCAAUAAGAUAUUAAAAGGUAGGAAGUGUACUUGCCAUAUAUAUUAUAUAUAAAUAUAUUUUUUAUUCCGAUUUUAUUUUUUUGAGACAUUUUAAAGCUGUGUGGGUUAAUAUAAUACAAAAAAAUUGAAAUAAUGCAAUGUCCCAAAUGUGGCUUCAAUUAGACACUUUUAUGGAUUUAGAAACUAAUGAAUCACUAAAAAUUAAUAUUCAAAAGAUAUGUAUUUAUCAAAUUGUAUUAGUCCGGUUAAUUUAGACAUUCGAAGUUAUAUAAAUUCUAAGCUGAGAAUCAGUAAAAUUGUUUCAAAUAUAAUUAAAAAUAAAAUUAUAAAAUUGUACGGAAAAAAAUUUGUUCAAGGUCAAAGGUCAAAAAAUGAAUUUUUCGCGAUUUUCAGCAAAACUGUAAGUUUUAUCAUAAAAAAUUGUGGAUCAUCAAAUUAUCUACACCAUCAACUCUUUUUUUUGAUCUUUGACCUUGGAAUAAAAUCUUUUCUAUACACGGGGAAAUUUCAGAAUUUAUUUUUAAUUAUAUUUUAAACAAUUUUACUGAUUUCCGCUUGGUGGGAAUUUAUGUAGCUUCACUUUUUUGGUCUAAUUUGACUGGACUAGUAAUCUAACUUCCCCACUUGUUAUCAGAAAAGAUGAUCCGGUCGUUUAUUUUUCUAAAUCGUCUUUUUUCUAUUCCUUUAACAUAUCGCGCGAAUAUUUUUUUUCGUUUAUUUUUCUCAUUCACCCCCACUUCUUUUUUUAUUCAUUCAUCAAAUUAUUCAACAAUAUUUUUAGUUUAUAAAUUUAUGCUUAUACUUUGGGAUAUAGAAACCCUUACUCCUAACCUAACCUAACCAAAAUUUUGUGUAUUUUUUGUAUAUUAGCCGUGAUUCAUUAUUAUUUUCUGAAUCCACUUUUUAUAGUCAUUUGAAAGUACAAAUGUUAAUUCAAUAUAUAUGUGUGAAUGGACGACAUAUCAUAAUUUUAAUCCCUUUUAACCGCCGAUAUUUAUAGAAAAAAAAAACACAGGGACAUUUUCUUUCAAGUACACAUUAUUUGUUUUUGAGUUACAGCGCUCUGUUUUUACGGUAAACCAACACAUUUCUCAAAAUUUAAAUGUGCAUUAUUACAAAGUUUGAUUCUUUUCUUGAAAAUGCACAUUGAUUAUUUAUUGGGAUUUUUAGGGAGCAAAAAUUUUCACACAUCAUCGUUCAAUUUUCUUGAGCGAAUAAAAUGAGUAUACAAUAAAAAGUUUAUUCCAUAAUCCUAGUUAUUUAGAUAAACAUUUUACUUUUGGAAACGGAAAUAAAGUUUGAAGAUUAUAAAAAAAGCUCAAAUGCUCAAAAAUAUAGGUUAACAAAUGAGUUUCUAAUUCACAAUUCCAUUUAGAUGUUGAAUUAUAAAUUGUUAAAAUUAUUUGACUAAAAAUAUAUUAUUACAUAUGAUUUGCUAAGCUCAUUAUACAUGUUUUAAGUUAGAUUUUUGUUAUUCAAAAAUAAUUGAAUGAAAAAUAUCGCGAUAUGAGAUAUUGCCGUGUUCGGUCGAACUAACCGCAACCUAACAGCUUACCUAAUGACUUCAAAAGUUGCAAGCUAAAACUCCUGAUCGGCUUAUCAAAUGACAUCUGCCCUUGGUAAAAAAGUAGUUGCCGUAUUCAGUAAAUGGAAAAACAAAUUGCAAUGUACUAUACGAGUAGAAGUUCCUACACUUUUACCUUGAAUAUUGCAAUAAAUUAGUUUUUAGUGUUGUAACACUAAGGCCGAGCGCCCACCAAAGUAAUGUGACGUGUGGCAUGGCAAGUGAUAUAGCAAACACGUAACAACAAAAUGACGAAUGGUGUGACACAACGCCUACCUAUGUAUCUAGAAACUAGGAAACUAGUAACACCAGUUAUCAAUAUGUCUUCUUCUUCAUCGGAUGACGAAAGUUUUUUGGCUUUAGUAAAUUUAAUCUAAUGUUAAUAACGCAAAUAAUAAAAAAAGACAGUAUUGGGUUCAUCCAUACUGGAAAAAGAAUCAAAAAAUUCUGUUCUUCAAUCACACCAACAAAAUGUAUGUUAAAAUCUGGAUCGUCUUUCAUUUUUAACUUAGAAAAUUAUGAAAAGAAAACUUGUCACUCUAGUCGGUAAAAACACGUAACACGUGGCAAAAAAUGGAACAUGCUGCAUUUGAAUGACACCGAAGUAACAUGUAGUUUGUCAUAUCACAGUCGUAUCACUUUAUUUGGCGUUAAAUCUAUUAAUUACAUUGUUUUGAUACAAAAUAGCGUUUUAGAUGCAUGCUACUUGCUACUUCACUUGCCACGCCACACGUCACGUUACUUUGGUGGGCGCUCGGCCUUACAUUAAUAAACCGCAUUUAAGAGUGCCGAGCAAUUAAGACUUAUUAUCUAGUGACGUUCGAAUAGAUAAUUUAUUUUCACAUAAUCACUUUCGCAAAAAGUCAAUUAAUCAUUUUUUUUUUUCAUUAUAGAAAUAAUGUGCUACAAAUGUGUUGGUUAAUCGUUAGUUUCGCGCUAAAAACGAAUAAAUUAACUGUGUCUUAGUCCUGUCAUAUUAAACGAAUUAAGAGAGAAAAGUGUAUACAUUUUUGAAAAUAUUAAUAAUUGUUAUCUCUUUCCAAAGAUUUUUUUAGUGAUAAGGUAUUAACAAUAAUUAAUCGCUAAGCUCUGUAUUCAAGCUAGGCACAUAGAUUAUCUGAUAUUAUUAAUGGUGUGUUAUAAUAGCAUAGAUGAGAAAUAUUUAUUUUUUCUUCUCUUCAUCCAAUUGAAAGGACGCUGUAAGCAUCCAUUGAAUAUGCUUGAUAAUAACCUUUUUCCAUUUUUUAUUGUAGAUGUUGAAAUCAUUCGAGAACCCUAGGUGUCCUAAAGUCCCAUCCUUAUCUCUCAAUCGUUUUAAGAAUCUGCAGUGUUAUCAUCCUGAUCCGAAAUCCUCCCGCCUGUUGAGCUGUGGCAUUUAACAAGUUUUGAUAGAAAUAUUUUGAUGUAUCGAAUCUUCGCAGAUCGCAAUAUUUAAAUAAAAACAUUAAUUUCUCUAUAGCAACAAGACAACAAAAACUUUGUUGUGCCAUUAAUAAUUGCCUACAAAUCGAUUUACUUCUACGUUUUUAUUUGUUCUUCUUAUAACAUUUUUAUCAUAAUACUAAUGUUAAUAAUACACCAAAUUAAAUAAAUAGCAACUUGAUUUUGUUGGGUAUCUCGUUAGAAUCAACUCGUGUUUACCUACCAUUAUUUAACCCUCCUCAGUUGACGGGAUAAGAAAUCACAUAAUGGGUGACAUUGGUUCUUGCAUAAUCUCGUAGGAUUAAAAAAGUUACAUGUAAUAAGUUUUAUCGAUUAUAAAACAAAUCUACACUAAACACAAGUCGAUAGAUGAGAUAACUAAAACUAUUGUCGAAUGCUCCACACAAAGAAACUUAUUACAUAACCUACAAAAGUUUUUAUUCUUGGCGAUUUUGUUUUGAUUGGAAUGUCGUCGCGACUCUUUCGUUGGUAUUUUCAUUAUUUAUUUUAUUUUUGUUCUUAUAGGUCUGAUCAAUCUCUCUUCCUUUUAUGGUUUCCAUUAGAUUAUGAGUUUUGUUAGAAAAUUUCUCUUCAGGAUUUCUUAUCACUUUGUACUUUGCUGGCAAAUGGGCCACCAUGUCUAACUCCAAUUUUCAUGUGACUGUAUUCAAAAAUAAUUACAGGUUUUCCACUGCCUUUGUCGACUUAGUUAACAUCAUUCAUUUAUGAUAAGAUCAUGAUAUUUUUCUUAGAUUUUUAACUAAAAUUUGCUUUCAAUUCAAAAAUACUAGAUGGAACAAGACGAUUUAAAGUAUUCACAUAUUAUGAAGGCAACUGUCUCAUUUUUCCUUAUCGUCUUCAAAAAUAUUAUUUUCACUUCCUUCAAUAAUCUAGUGCAGAGUUGCACGUUUGUGAACCACUUACCUGGAGCAACCUUUCUACGUGUUCCACUAAUUCGACCAUUCUUCAUACGACAUCAAUAGGAAAAAUCAAAUAUAGAGCGGUCUUUGAAGGGACAUUUUCUUCUAAACGCAAUCAACAGAUAACUAUUUUGUCUAUUUGUAAAACCGUACGUCACCGGAGGAGGGUUAUGCUGCUGCAGUCAUGUUGAACCAUGAUAGAUUUCACAAUGUUGUAGACUAUAAUUCAACAAGUCUUCAAAUUGAACUGUUAAUAGAGUUUUUAUUAAUAGUCUAACAGCUGGUCGCCACUUCGACUAAGGUAUUUUUACAAGGCUGAAAUUUUUUCCAUAUGUUAUGUUAUAUAUUUAAAGUUAAAAAAUCUUAAAAAAAUGUAUCUUCACAAAUCUGGAUUUUGAUUAUAUUUUUAAUUAGACAAUUUUGAGUAUAAAAAAUUGCCAGAUGAUUUGCUCGGUUGCAAGUAUCUGUAAAAUGCAUCGAAAGUUGCUAAGAUGGAUGGUACGAUCUUCCUAAUCUAAUUCCUAAAGAAAAUAUUUUGUAAAGUUAUGCCUUUAUAACAAAGUAUGAUGAUACAGGUAAUUUUAUAUAUAUUUUCUUCAAUUACAAAAGAUUAAUUAUUUGAUUAUAAUACUUGAGAAAAAAAUUUUUCAUUCGUCUUCCUCUUCAUUAGAAAUAAUCUCGUACCUCGAAAUUACCUCGUCGUCCUCUACAUUUUCUUCGCUCUCUAGAAAAGAAAUUCUUAUAAAUACGUGAUAUUACGAAUAAAUGUUCAUACACUUUAUUAUUCAUUAAUGUUAAAAAUUCCCCACCUGAAGUAGUUGUGUCUAAUUGGAUUUUAAUAAAACGUCAUAUAUUGAUGAUGGUGCAAUAUUUCCAUCUUACCAUUGAAAUGUAUACUUUUCUUCCUCUAUUAGCUGUCCAUAAUCGUCUGAUUUCAAUGUUGUAGGACAUUUCAGAUUGGUAUUGCGUCUAAUAUUUGCUAAAAGUUGCUUCUUUAAUUUUGAUUCACAGGGUGGUAAAUUGGAUGCAUCAUAAUUGACAUAUUUUUUAAUAAAAGGUUCAUUUUCAUCAUUUGAAUUGUAUGUUGAGAUGAAUUUGAAGUAUCGGGCUUCAUCGAAAUUGUCUGCUAUGACCAUAUAAAUUUGACAAAUGAAUUUUUCGAUUGUUUUAAAUAUCUCAUUACUACGUCCGAUGAUAUGAGCAUUUCCAGUAUCUAUUAAUGCUUUUUAAUUUGGUAUGGAUUUCUUAAGGGUUUCGAAAGGUUUUUUUUGCUCUUCUGAAAAAUGAACGAUUGACAUCGCAACCCGUCAGUGCAUGAAAUGCCGGUGAGCUUGAUGAUAGUAGUUGUCCUAAAUGAUUUUAUAGAUCUGAUAUGUUGAUAACUCUUCUUUUAUUUCCAACACCAUAUUUAAAACUUGGCAUCGAUUAUCAUGAAGAUAUCUGUAUCAGAUGCUUUUAUCAAUAUAUUGGUAUCAUCAUCAUUCUCGAUAUGACUUUUCGAUACACGAUUUUUGUGUCAGCAUCUUCCUGGUCUAAAUUCUAUAAAUUGCAGAUAUAAUGGAAUUAUUUUCUACUACAUAAUUAUUCCAAUGGAAAUAAUUUGUAUUUAUUUUGGUAUUUCCAAUAAUGUCAUCAGAACUCCAAUUUUCAAUUAGAAAUGCGACGAAAGCUUCUUUAAAAUUUAUAUUUUUCAAUUCUUUGGUGAAGUCUACUGGUCGGUAAACUUUUGUGAUGAAAAUACUGUACUACCCGUCUUAGCAACUUUCGAUCCAUUUUACAGAUACUUGCAACCGAGCAAAUCAUAUGGCAAAUUUUUUUUAUACCUAAAAUUGUCUAAUUAAAAAUGUACUCGAAAACCAGAUUUGUGAAGAUACAUUUUUUUAAAUAAAAACUUUGCAAUAUGCAAUAUGCACUGGAUAUUGUUGCAACCUCGCUAACCCUGCCAGAAGUUGCUUUUUCUACUUUAAAUAUAUUAAAUAACAUAUAAAAAAAGUUGCAGCCUUAUGAAAGUAUCUUAGUCGAAGUGGCGACUAAGGUACUACAUUUUUUUCUAAAAUCAAACGCCUUAUAACCAAUAUUUUGUAAAAAUUUGGUAGCCUAGUUUUACUAAUGCAAUUUCAAGAUUUUAUUUGCGGUUUAUAAACAAUGUACUUACUAUUAUGUAAAUGGAAUAAGACGAAUUGAAAAAAAAACUUAUUCUCUCCGUUGUGUAUAAUGGCUGGUAACUUGAUUUUUUUCUAACGAUACAAAACGGUUUAUCUAAAAGUUUGGUUGUCAUUUAUAUUCAUGCUGAUUUUAUACUUUUCACUUAUCGACGACUGAUAUUUUGUAUAUUUAACUGUAUCUAUCCAAUUUUCAACAAAGUACAGGUAUUUUGACAAAUAUUAUUUGUUAUGGCGCUUGAUAAAACUUAAUAAAAUACCCAUAUUUAUCAGUAUAAAAAAUGCCGCCAGAUUAUCAUAAUUUCAUUUGAUAUUUUAAAAAAAGUUUAACUUAUUAGAAAGAAAGUAAUAUCAGAGAGAAAAAAUUAAAAUGAAAUAAAAGUUUUUGGCAAUAAUUAAUGACACGAAAGUCUAGUGUGCGAUCUGGGUAGAUUUAAAAAAAUAUCUGUAACAAUCAAUUAUUAAUCUUUCUGGUGUACGCCAGUACGUGUACAUUAAGUAAACACUCUUGUUCCUCUGCUUAACCUAUAUCAUUAUUCUAAACUGAUAUUCGCUACCUUCAAGGUACUAUAUACAUAUAGUUUAUCAUAUUUCGUACGUAUUAUAUAGUUUUUUAAAAUUUCUAUUCAGUAAUAUGAUAACAGCUUUAGAUUACUUUUUUUUUCAAACGUGAUUUAUUCCGAUUUUGUUGUGAGUGUGGCCAAGAACAUGAUUAACAACCACAGUUCAAAUAGAAAAGAUACAGGCAAGUUACCCGGUUUCUUCAUUCGUUUACUUUUUAAAAUUUUUUCAUUUUAGAUAUUUAUUUAACGUUUGUAUGUUUUUCUCGUUUUUUUUUUCUCGACUGCUGUCAUUUCUCGUUUUACUAACAUAAUAUUUUGCGUAAUGCCACAAUCAUUUUCUUUGUCACAAAGUUAAUCGGUUUAUUGCCUGUGACGGAAUGUUGAAUCUUGAAUAAUGGCGUAACUACAAAAUCAAAAUAUCAGACAACAUUUUACAGUACCACACAACUUAAUCAGAAAAUACUCAUAGAUAAAAUGUAAUGAAAGUUUUUUGACAAUGGUCUAGAAAACUGUUUGUUAAUUAAUUAUUUGUAGAUCAAAUUUUUACAUCGACAAGUGUGGUAAAGUGUUUCUUAUAAUUAGUAUUAUAUUUUUGGAUUCAACCUUUUCGCUUCACUUUGCUGACAAUUGAAAUUUGGUUGAAGUUUUGGAAAUAACUAUUUUCCACCUUAAGUUUUAUAUCUAUGGUUAUUCAGGGUGGCAAGAGCAAUUAAGCUCGUAUUUUUGGAACUGUUUUUUAUUUAAAUGUACUGAAGGUUGUUUUUAAUUUGUAAGUUAUAUUACUGGUUUUUGAAUAAAUAUAAUUGUAAAAA